AUGAAAGCUAUCAUCAGCACCAGCCCCGGAUUAGCAGCACUUGUCCACGACAGGCCGUUCCCUUUCUUGCGAGAUGGCUAUCUUCUGGUGAAAACAAAAGCCAUAGCACUGAACCCCACAGACUGGAAGCAUGUUGAGCUUACUCAAAAGCCAGGUAUUUUGUUUGGCUGUGACUAUGCGGGUAUUAUCGAGGAGAUCGGGCCUGACGUCCCGUCACAUUUCCACAUUGGCGACCGGGUGGCUGGGUUCGUGCACGGAGGCAACUCCCAAGAGCCCCAAGAUGGGGCCUUUGCUGAGUACAUUGUCGCCAAAGCCGAUGUUCAAAUUCACAUCCCGGAGAACAUGAGCUUCGAGGAAGCCGCCACUCUAGGGGUGGGCGUCACCUCGGUGGGACAAGGGCUUUUUCAAAGCCUGCAACUCCCUUUCCCUACUUCCCCGCUGCAGGAACAAGAAAUUGAGAGCGACCAGCGAGAGCCAAUCCUUAUCUAUGGGGCAUCCACUGCCUCUGGAGUUUUGGGUAUUCAAUUCGCCAAACUUUCAGGAUUCGCCCCCUUGGCUGUCUGUUCUCCUGACCAUUUUGACUUGGCAGAGAAGCUCGGAGCCGUGGCCGUCUUUGACUACGCAGAUGGUGAGGAGGCCGUUGAAGAAAUUCAAGAUUAUGUUCAAAGUAUGGGCAGGCCCCUACUGAAAGCAUGGGACACGGUGUCGAUUCCAUCGAGUGCACGUUUCUGUGGCGAUGCACUGUCCACCGGAGACGGUGCCCGGUACACAUCUUUGCUUCCAAUCAGAUGCCCCCGACCAGGUGUGACUAGUACCGUGACAAUGGCCUAUACUGUUUUUGGCGAAGACUGGGCAAUGGGGGCCACCGAUUUCUCGGCAAACACAGCGGACGCAGAAUUUGGCCGACGAUGGUGGGCCUCGGUGCAGGCACUCUUCGAUCAGGGUCGUAUCCAGACACAUCGAAUUAUCAUUGGAGAGGGCGGAUUAGAUGGAGUUCUUGGGGGAUUACAGCAGUUGCGUGAUUCUCAAGUGCGUGGUGGUAAGCUGGUGUUUCAAAUUUAG